CCUUUUAAUUUUCACACGCUCUUGCUCUUCCCACAAAGAAAACAAAAUUACUACGUAAGUAGAAGAUUUGUUAGAUCAAUUAAUUAGUAUGACAGAAAUGGUGAAGAAGAAGAUAGAAUCAAGUAAGGAAAGUAUUAUAAACGAUUGGCUACCCAUCACUUCAUCGAGAAAUGCAAAGUGGUACUAUUCCGCUUUUCAUAAUGUUACCGCUAUGGUUGGUGCCGGUGUUCUUGGGCUCCCCUAUGCAAUGUCCCAAUUAGGUUGGGGUGUUGGAGUCACAGUAAUGGUAUUAGCAUGGGUGAUAACAUUGUACACUUUAUGGCAAAUGGUGCAAAUGCAUGAGAUGGUACCAGGUAAAAGAUUUGACAGAUAUCAUGAAUUGGGGCAAGAGGCAUUUGGAGAAAAACUUGGGCUAUGGAUUGUGGUUCCUCAACAAUUAUUAGUUGAAGUUGGAGUUAAUAUAGUUUAUAUGGUCACUGGUGGCAAAUCCCUACAGAAGAUUUAUGAGACUGGUUGUCCUAAUUGCCACCCUUUGAAGACUAGCUAUUUCAUCUUGAUGUUUGGUUGUGUUCAUUUUUUCCUUUCUUUUUGUCCCAAUUUCAACUCCAUCACUUUAAUCUCAUUCCUUGCUGCUGUCAUGUCUCUCAGCUAUUCAACCAUAGGCUGGGGAGCAUCAGUACACAAAGGAAUAUCUCCAGAGGUUGAUUAUAGUCCAAGGGCUUCAACUAGUACAGGAAGAGUAUUUGGUUCCUUAAGUGCUUUAGGGGAUAUUGCUUUUGCAUUUGCUGGCCACAAUGUUGUCUUGGAAAUUCAGGCUACAAUGCCUUCAACUCCUGAAAAACCAUCCAAGAAACCUAUGUGGAAAGGAGUCAUUAUCGCGUACAUUGUCGUUGCUAUAUGUUACUUUCCUGUAGCUUUUGUUGGCUACAGAGUUUUUGGAAAUAGUGUGGAGGACAACAUCUUGAUAUCCCUACAAAAACCUGCUUGGCUUAUUAUCAUGGCUAAUGCCUUCGUCGUCGUUCAUGUUAUUGGAAGCUAUCAGGUGUUUGCUAUGGGUGUGUUUGACUUGAUCGAAUCUUACUUGGUGAAACAAAGAAACUUUAAUCCAACUAAAACAUUACGAGUAAUUGUUCGGACUGGUUAUGUUGCCCUAACAAUGUUCCUUGCAAUAUCAUUCCCAUUCUUUGGUGGGUUGCUUGGUUUCUUCGGAGGAUUUGCAUUUGCUCCUACUACCUACUUUCUUCCUUGUAUCAUAUGGCUAAUCAUAUGUAAACCUAAAAGAUUUGGGUUGUCUUGGUUCACAAAUUGGAUAUGCAUCAUACUUGGUAUUCUUCUGAUGGUUUUAGCUCCCAUUGGUGCCUUGAGGCAGAUCAUACUGCAAGCCAAGGGUUACAAGUUCUUUUCUUGAAUGUAAGAUUUUUAGUAUUUGUCAGACAGACGAUAUUUUAAAUGUCUAGCUAACUAUAUUAGUUUUAUUGCUGUAUUAGUAUCAAACCACAGUGAA